CUCGCCUCAAAACCAAAAACAAAAAUGUUAUGGAUAAACUAGACGUUUGUUUUCUUGUACAUAUACCGGGACUUAACUACGUCAUUGUCGGUAUGACCAAGUGUGUAUACAAUGCGUUUAUAAGUUUCGCAAAAGUGAUAAUAUACGGACAGUCACGCGGCAAUACAUGGUGUUUUCGCAAUAGAGGCAUUACGUCAAUGGGACGGUUUAUCGUAAAUGAUUAAUUAUUUCGGUGCAUAUCCUGUUUUUGAAGAGGAAAGCUCUGUUCUAUGAAUUUUUUUACUAGGAUGGGUUUCGAAGAAGAAUGUCGACCGUUGUAUAUAUGUUUAUGUAUGUUUCAUUACGAUGAGCAUCUAGGAACAAUACUGCAUUCAGAGCUGAACACGAAGAAUAUAGGUUAUACGUUAUGAAAGUGAUGAACACAAAGAUGUCUCUUCAAUUGCUGGUUGCACUGGGGCUUAUCAGCGGCAGUUUUGCUUGUUCCUGUCUUGACAUGACCGUGAAUGAAAGAUUCUGUACAGGAAACUUCGCUGCAAUCAUCUACGUAGAAGGGGGUCAGGAAGUGGUCGACUUUGAAAGGAUCUCAAAUAGUUUCAUCGCGAUAUUGACAAGAAACGACAGGAUUUAUGACAUUCGCAUACUCGAGACAUUGAGAGGAAACAUACAACAAGCUGACAAGAAUCAUUUGAAAGUGGGCACACACAGUUGCGGGGUUACCUUUCAAGUAAACAAGUACUACGUUAUAACAGGUCACGCAUCCGACGGCCAGCCAUUGACGACAAACAUGUGCCAAUUCAUAAGGAUGUUUGACAGCCACCCAGCCGGAAGUUUUCAAGUCCCUACCUGCCCUGCACCUCCUCGACCUGUGUUCAAAUUACCCGAUCUGAUCAUUUCGACUGAAAAUUAAAAGAAUACAAUUACCGCUGUAUUAAAUAACUGAAUGUUUUAACUAUUUCCACAAUCGAAGAACGAAAUAAAUAUCAUUUUAAUAUUUAUAUACAGUUUACCAUGUGAAUACUAAAAAAAAGCAUCCAUGUUCGAUAAA